GGUCCGAGUGUUCAGCAGACGCUCGUGGUCUUAGUCUCCGGUCUCUCCGCCCGCCCCUCCCCCGCCCACCGCGGUCACCCGGGAAACCGGCCGCGAUAGCCGGCCGACUUGAAGCUGGUUUCAUGGCAGCGGCGAAGAAAGCAGUUUUGGGGCCGUUGGUGGGGGCAGUGGACCAGGGUACCAGCUCGACACGCUUUUUGGUUUUCAAUUCAAAAACAGCUGAACUACUUAGUCAUCAUCAAGUAGAAAUAAAACAGGAGUUCCCAAGAGAAGGAUGGGUGGAACAAGAUCCUAAGGAAAUUCUGCAGUCUGUCUAUGAAUGCAUAGAGAAAACAUGUGAGAAACUUGGACAGCUCAAUAUUGAUAUUUCCAACAUAAAAGCUAUUGGCGUCAGCAACCAGAGGGAAACCACUGUAGUCUGGGACAAGUUAACAGGAGAGCCUCUCUACAAUGCUGUGGUGUGGCUUGAUCUAAGAACCCAGUCUACCGUUGAAAAUCUUUAUAAAAGAAUUCCAGGAAAUAAUAACUUUGUCAAGUCCAAGACAGGCCUUCCACUUAGCACUUACUUCAGUGCAGUGAAACUUCGUUGGCUCCUUGACAAUGUGAGAAAAGUUCAAAAGGCUGUUGAAGAAAAUAGAGCUCUUUUUGGGACCAUUGAUUCAUGGCUUAUUUGGAGUUUGACAGGAGGAGUCAAUGGAGGCGUCCACUGUACUGAUGUAACGAAUGCAAGUAGGACAAUGCUUUUCAACAUUCAUUCUUUGGAAUGGGAUAAAGAGCUCUGCGAUUUUUUUGGAAUUCCAAUGGAAAUUCUUCCCAAUGUUCGGAGUUCUUCUGAGAUCUAUGGCCUAAUGAAAAUCUCUCAUAGCCUGAAAGCUGGGGCCUUGGAAGGUGUGCCAAUAUCUGGGUGUCUGGGGGACCAGUCUGCUGCUUUGGUGGGACAAAUGUGUUUCCAGGAUGGACAAGCCAAAAACACGUAUGGUACAGGAUGUUUCUUACUAUGUAAUACAGGCCAUAAGUGUGUAUUUUCUGAACAUGGCCUUCUGACCACAGUGGCUUACAAACUUGGCAGAGACAAACCAGUAUAUUAUGCAUUGGAAGGUUCUGUAGCUAUAGCUGGAGCUGUUAUUCGCUGGCUACGAGACAAUCUUGGUAUUAUCAAGUCCUCAGAGGAAAUUGAAAAACUCGCUAAAGAAGUAGGUACUUCUUAUGGCUGCUACUUUGUUCCGGCAUUUUCAGGGUUAUAUGCACCUUAUUGGGAACCUAGUGCAAGAGGGAUAAUCUGUGGACUUACUCAAUUCACCAAUAAAUGCCAUAUCGCUUUUGCUGCACUAGAAGCUGUUUGUUUUCAAACCCGAGAGAUUUUGGAUGCCAUGAAUCGCGACUGUGGAAUUCCACUCAGCCAUUUGCAGGUAGAUGGAGGAAUGACCAGCAACAAAAUUCUUAUGCAGCUGCAAGCGGACAUCCUGUAUAUUCCAGUAGUGAAGCCCUCCAUGCCUGAAACAACUGCACUCGGUGCUGCAAUGGCAGCAGGGGCUGCAGAAGGAGUUGGCGUUUGGAGUCUUGAACCUGAGGAUUUGUCAGCUGUCACGAUGGAGCGGUUUGAACCUCAGAUCAAUGCUGAGGAAAGUGAAAUUCGUUAUUCUACGUGGAAGAAAGCUGUGAUGAAGUCAAUGGGUUGGGUUACAACUCAGUCUCCGGAAAGUGGUGACCCUAGUAUCUUCUGUAGUCUGCCCUUGGGCAUUUUUAUAGUGAGUAGCAUGGUAAUGUUAAUCGGAGCAAGGUACAUCUCAGGUAUCCCAUAAAUAAUACCAACUCAUGGAUUCCCAAGAUGCAAGCUUUUUAUGUAAUGAGAGAAUCCAGCAAUUCUGUCUCUUAAUGUGAUGACACUAUUCAUAGACUCUGAUUUUAUUUAUAAGCCACUUGCUGCAUGAUCCUCCAAGUAGACCUGUGGCUUGAGGUAAAGAAAAUGCCACAGAAAGAAUGCUACAGAAAUAUUUGGUGUGUUUUUUAACACUGACAGUUAAGGUUGGGCCAGCUACAUUUGGGGCUGACCCCCUCCAUUGUCAUAACAUCCUGCCCCAUUCCCUCUAAGAUUUAGGAAGAAUUCAGAUCCUAUCCAUUGGAGUCUUUCAUCAAACAUAUUCAGAUUCUAACGGACCAGGAUUUUGAUUAUCUGCACCUUACAUGCCUGAUUAAGGGGUUAAUACUAACCUGUUAAAAAGAGUGAUUUUUUUGGUUUGCCAAAAGUUUUCUUUUCUAUAUAUUAGAAAACCACAUCUUCAUUGAAUGUUUAAAUGUAAAAUUCUACUAAAAUUAUUAAGACGACAAUUUAGUAUCUCAUAGUUUGGAUAUUUUUCUGAAAAGUAUUUGCCAAAACUGAAAUGCUUCAGUAUUUUACAUUGUCUGACUAAUUAGAGUGACUUUUUGUCUGGAUCUUAUAGGAAAGGAUGUUUUCUUUUUCUUAUUUCUUCCAUCUUUCCUUUUUAUAUUUUUUUACUUUAUAUGUAUAACAUACAUGCCUAUAUAUUUUAUAUACUACUGGUAGCCCAUUUAUAAAUUUAGGAGCACAUUGUAUUUAGUAGGUUAACAUGGCUGGUUUUAAGUGGACUACUAUGUAUAUAAAUAGUUUGGGGGAAACAGCUGUAUACAUGUUUGGGCAACGGUUAUGCAUAUUAUUUAACCAAGAGAAAUUUUUCUUAAAGAGCCAAUAUUUAAAAUUUAAGUAUAUCUCCUAUGUCAAUAAAAGAAAAUGUACUUUAUUAUGAUUUCAGCUAUAUUUCUUAUACUUUACCUUUUUAUUUAAUUGUCUAGCUGGAUAUAUCUUUUAAAAAGAAAACUAUGGAAUAUUACAGUAAACAUUGUUCUCAAACACAAGCGUUAAUCAAAAUAAAAUUAUUUUUUGUUUCAAUUAAUCUUUUAUAUAUUUGGGAUUCUUUUGAGGGAUUGAGGGAAUGUCAGAUUUUAAAAACAAAAGGAAAAUGUAGGAAUAAAGACAAUCUCUUUCAAUCUGGAGAUGCUAGAGAAUUAUCAAUGCUCAUUGUCAUAUUACAAAUGAAAAAAGGUUUACCAUUAGAAAUGCCUUCCAGUGAAACUAAUUAUUUCUCAAAAUAUUUAGUAUUAUAUAAGAAUUCACCUAGUUCCUUAACAUUCAUUUUUAAAAUUAUUUUUUGUAGUAAACAAGAAAAUAUUGCCUCCUAAUUCUUUUCUUCUAUCAGUGUCAAAUGGGAAAAUAUUUAUAUGUUGAUAAAAGAGGUUUUGUUUGGAAUUAAUCAUAGUUUGUAUUUACUGUUCUGAUUGUGCUGUUUCUAAAUUAUUAAAUCUGCUGGGUUUUAUUGAUGCAGCUGGCAUUUAAGUGACACAAAUACUAAAGAAAGGUACUGUGAAAUUAUCACUUUUUGGCAGGGAUACUUUUAAACAUAAUUACCUUUCUACAAAGGUAGGUUGAGAUAAUUGUAAAUAAUGGUGCAAAUCACUGUUCAGAUAAUCUUAAUAUUACAUUAAUUUUUCUACAGAUUGCAAGAUUUGUAAAUGUUUGAAUUGUACACAUUGAUAUUUAAUGAUAAAUUUUCACAAAAUAAAUCGACCCCUCAUUCUUACUUGCAUUUCUCAUUUAGAUCAAGUUAAAUUAACAAAGAUGUUUCAGCAAACUUGAAACUCAGCUGUUAGCACUUGAUCAGGCAUACUCGGAAGAAUUAAACAACAGCCGAAGAAAUAGUUUCUGGAAUGAUGAACACCUUAAUCAGUCUAUUAGAACAGACUAAAAUGUUCCAUCUCAGCAUUUCCAGCCUCUCUCUACCUGGGUUAGUCAGUGGAGUCUAGUGUACCAUUGUUCUCUUAACUCGAUAGCCAACACCUCAGUCUUUUGUUCUCCAACUAAUCAGUAAAAUAAAUAAUGCAUCUUUUCUUCUGUGA